AUGACGAUUUUUCAGCCUGAUAUUGAAGAAGUACUAAAUACGGACUUAGAUCCGACAACAGAUAUGUUCUUCAAGCUUAAAUCAGCUCGUGCCUUAGAAGAUGAAACUUUUGAAGUAGUGUUUCGAUACAUUUUCAAAUUUAAAUUAAAUAUUGAAGGGGCUUUAGGCGUAUUAAGCCCAGAAAAACUCGAAAGUUGUGCUACAUUAGCUAUUCAAGCGAAAGAAACAACUCAAGAAAAUCUACUUUAUGCUCAUUACAUUUUAGUUAAUCUUUCACUUUGUGAAUUACAACUUCAAGUGCAGAAUUCAUUAAAAUUCAUCGAAGAAAACAUAGAUAAGAAUUUAUUGCCAUUUAUUGAUGAUGAAUUAAGAUUAAUUUUAGAAUAUACAAAAACAGAAGCAAUUGAAUUUGAAAAUAUUCCACCAAACGAAGAAGUUCAGAAAGACUAUGUAGAUAUUCCCGUACUUCCUCCUUUAGAUAGUGCAGGCAGAUUAAUAGGUGGUUUAUAUCGUUCUUUGAACGAAUACGAGGUAUUUUGCAACUUAAUUGCUACAAGGAACCCAGAUGUAGAUAACAUACAUCGUCGUUUAUUAGAAUUAACUAAUGAUUUAAGAGAAUUUACAUUUUUCUUGAAUUUUCCGAUAUCGCGGACAGAAUUUGUCAAGAGUUUUGUUGAUUACAUACUUAUUGCAUUCGAAAUUCCUACACCAAAUAAUCUUUUAUUCGUUUUUCCAUAUUCAAAUAUUUUAGACAAAAUCAGAGAGGAAUAUCCGAGAUACAAUCAUGUCAGCAUAAACUUCAAGUCAUUGCAAGAGCCCAUUGUCAGAUUAAUUACAUGUGCCGCAGAUAUAAAUCAUAAUUUAGAUUAUUACAUGAUUGCCGCUUAUUUAACUAUGGGCCACAUGUCGAUGUCCUAUAUGUUAGAUGUUUUAACGCUUUCUUUUUACAAUAAGAACCAGAUUUCGGACGAAAUCGCUGUUUUUGGAUUUGACAUAUGUCAUAUGAACGGAUACAAAGGAUAUUUCGCUACUUUGAUGCAAUUUUUGUCGAAGGAACAUUUAGAAAUUGCCAAAAAGCCAUUCUUCGCUUGCAAACCUGUUUAUUUUGGAGAAUCAAUUCCAUAUUUAUUCAAAAUUCCAUUAUUCUUUAGUUUAUUUGAUGAAAAAGAGAAUGAUUUGUUAUAUAUUGAUCCUCGAGGCAACAAAACCAUCAAACUUCUGCUUGCAACUCAAUACAAACAACAAGAACUGUAUUCGGCAAGCUUUGAUGUUAAAUGUAUUCAUCUCUUCCUCAAUGAUUUGAGUAGGAAGUUCCAUACUUCAAGGAGACAACCUUUCCCUGAAAGUAAAUAA